GAAACUCUUUAUUAUCUUCUGCCAUUAAAACCCCUUCUCUUCCACCAGGAUUCUCCUCUUUAUAAGUAGUACAAUUCCGUGCAUCUCCGUCAACUUCCACUCAAGAUGGACCAGGUUCACCACUUCCCCAUUACAAUUCUGCUACUGGGCUGCUUCGCCUCUCUUCCAAUCACUACCGCCUUCACAGUCGUAAUGCCUGAUUCCGGCCUUGUAUCGCCCACUGUCGAUGACGCCGCUCAGCCGGCUGUGCCGGGAAACAGCAACGCCGCCUGGACGGAUCCCGGGGAACAAGCGGCCGUCUACGAUGUCAUGAAAGCCACGGGAAACUCCUGGGCCACCGACAUCCCCGACGUCUGCCGCGGCCGCUGGCACGGCAUUGAAUGCAUGCCCGACAAGGACAACGUCUACCAUGUUGUCUCCCUCUCGUUCGGCGCUCUCUCCGACGACACCGCCUUCCCUACCUGCGACCCGACCCGGUCCUUCAUCUCCCCCUCCGUCACCAAGCUCCCCCACAUUCGGACCCUGUUUUUUUACCGUUGCUUCACCCACAAUCCCCAGCCAAUCCCGCCCUUCCUGGCCCAACUCCGAUCCACUCUGCAAAACCUGGUUCUUAGGGAGAACGGGCACGUUGGCUCCAUACCCGACGAGCUGGGUAGCCUGACCCGGUUAAAGGUCCUGGAUCUUCAUAAAAACAAUCUCAACGGUUCAAUUCCGGUUUCGUUGUCCCGGCUCGCCGGUCUGAGAUCGUUAGAUUUGAGCGUCAACAAACUAACGGGUCCUAUUCCCGCACUGGCUUUUCCGGUCUUGAACGUUCUGGACCUCAAUCAAAACCAUCUCAUGGGUCCGAUACCCCCGACUCUCGGAAAUUGCCAGAAUCUCAUAAAGGUGGACUUCAGCCGGAACCGGCUCUCGGGUCUGGUUCCCCAGUCCAUUUCCGGCCUGAAAGACCUUAUUCUUCUGGAUUUAAGCUUCAAUCGACUCUCGGGUCGGUUGCAGAUAUCUAUCGAAAGCUUGAAUUCUCUCCAAGCUUUGAUUCUCAAAGGCAAUCCUGUAGACUCAGUGAUAAUUGGAAACGACGGGUUUGAUUCAUUGAAAGGGCUGAUGAUUUUGGACCUCUCGGAGAUGAAUUUGGAAGGGCCGAUCCCGGACUCACUCGGUCGCUUGACCAGUCUCCGCGUUCUUCAUCUCGACGGAAACCGCCUCAACGGUUCGAUUCCGGAGAGUUUCCGGGACCUGGUGAAUCUGAGCGAGCUUCGACUGAAUAACAAUCUGCUAACGGGGCGAGUUCCGUUUGGGAGGGAGAUGGUUUGGAGUAUGGGAAGGAAACUGAGGCUUUACAACAACACGGGUCUGUGUUUUGAUGCGAACCGUGGUUUCGAUUCGUCCCAUGAUUCCGGCGUCGGCUUCUGUGAAGGGCCGAAAGCGGGGUCGGCGAGAACAGUAGGCCAUCUCACCGAGUAUAAAGACGGUGAAAGAUCAUCAUUGGACAAAUCAUCAGCCGCAAUAUGUGAAGUUUCAGUGCUAAUUCGUAGGUUGCUUCGGCUGGCAACAACAACGUUGUUUUUGCUUUGUUUAUGGUAGCAGGAGGAAACGAACAGAGAGCAUGCGAAGCUUUCAUUGUACAGUUGAGUAAUGGAAAAGGCUAUUUAUCACA